CAAAAAUCGACAACAAUAUCAAGAAGUUUUUAUCCUUCCGUUCGUGUGCACAUAUAAACUAUUGUAUUUGAAAGCAUAAUGGCAUGUAGUAGCUUCCUAGCAUUGCUUGUCUUUUUUAUCGCAUACGGCGGCCUCGUAAUGUACGAAUAUAAAAGGUAUCAGAUUGAGAAAAUGAAAGACGAGCAAAAUGCAGCGAUCUUUCGAAAGUAUUAUAAGAACUUUCCUCUUAUGUCAAUACCAUCAUCGGUAAACGAUCGAUCAAUCAUCAAAAGUAAAUCGCAUAGCAUGCGCGAAUAUUAUGCACAACUAGAAAGGGAAAGAGAUUGGUUGCCGCUGGAUGAAAAUGCAUUUGCUUUUCAUCGCAAACAAGAAAAGGGCACAAGACGGAAGCUCAACACAAAUUACGUUAGACCAGGCCGUCCUGAACAACCUGUUCGUCAUUUGAAAUGUGGUGGAAAACUUGUGUGCGAUCGGAGAUGAAGAUUUGGGUGGACCACAUUCAUUGAGCAUUCGAUAACAACAUAUUUAUGCCUCCACUUUAUGGUUGUGGCGUACAAAUGAAAUGAUAAUAAUGACAGUUAUGAUCGUGAAAUUGGUAGCAAAGGAAAUUAAUAUAAAAACUGAUUUGUUAAAUUUAGUAUAUGUGUAUGUAUUUUUAUUCAUUUCAUUUAAAUUAUCGUCUGUUUUUCAGAAAUUUUGAAUAUUUUGUGUUGUUUUGAAAUAAACUAAAAAUGUGAAAGAAGGAAAUUUAUUAUUGUGCUAUUUGUAUCUUCUACUUUUCAUCGUAGUGCACAUUUUUAAGCUGUAAACAAGUAGAACUUAACGAAUACAUAAAAAAGGCAAAUUAAUAG